AUGCGAAUCGGUCUCCGCAACCUUGAUUUGGAAAGAACAAUCGUAGACCCCUUCCUUGGAGGUCACCGGAAGCGAAUUCUGGCGGUGCUCGAUCUCCUUCUGUCUAUUGAUGCAUUCGGUUCCGUGGCGGCUCCUCCUAAUGCCGACCCAAAGGAAGAUAUUAUAUAUAUAUAUGCUUCGUACGUCUCCUCCAAGUACCUCGCCGAUAUCCAUCGUCCACCCCUGCGAUCCCACAACCAUUGA